UUUGACAGGUGUGUGACAUGUCCACUUACAAUGAUAAACAUUAAAGUGUUUAAAAAAGCACAUUACUAAAAAUUACCAAAGUUAUCAGUGUUAUAAAACGAAUGUUUACGUGUAGUCUUUCGAACCAUAACAUCUGUCACGCAAAACCCAUCAAUAGUGCAAAUGCGUACAAAGAAUCGUUCAAUAUCUGUUAGUUCAACACGUCACAAGUCAUGAUUCCUCUUUCAACGUGAAGGGUUUUAACUGAUUCAACCACCAGUAUAUUAAUAAUGCAAUCAAACUCUAAAACCAAAGAAAUGUUCAUUUUGCGAGCGCUGGAAAAGAUCCUCAAUGACAAGGAAAUCAAGAGGUCACACCACUCGCAGUUGAAGCGGGCAUGUGAGGUGGCUCUGGAGGAUAUCAAAAAGGAAGUGAAAGAUGAGGACCAGGAGGGGGAGAAAGUCUCCGACGCUCUUCCCAUGCCUAAAAGUGGCGAAGUCAAUGUCCUCACUACUGAAAAAUACUUUCUGCCUUUUGAAUUGGCGUGCCAGAGUAGGUCGGCUAGGAUCGUGGUCACGGCCUUGGAUUGUUUGCAAAAACUGAUUGCCUAUGGACAUCUCACAGCCAACGUCCCGGAUUCGACAACUCCGGGGAAGCUUCUCAUUGAUAGAAUUGUCGAAACGAUAUGUGCCUGUUUCACGGGGCCUCAGACCGACGAGGGGGUUCAAUUGCAGAUAAUCAAGGCGCUUUUGACAGUUGUUACAAGUCAACAUGUGGAAGUUCAUGAAGGGACUGUUCUUUUAGCUGUUCGAACUUGUUACAAUAUUUUUCUAGCUAGUAAAAAUCUCAUAAAUCAGACUACAGCAAUUGCCACGCUAACACAAAUGCUUAAUGUUAUUUUUACUCGAAUGGAAAAUCAAGCACUCGAUGCUGAAGUACAAUCAGAAAUUCAAUUGAAUGGCAUUGAUACGAAAUCGGUCAAGUCUUUGAAAAUUGAAGACACUCUGGAAAUUAAGGAAGACGUCAUCAUCGAUUCCGGAAGUGCAGAAGUGGUGAAUGAAAUUUUGGAUGGUAUAAUCAAUGAUGUCAUCACGGAAGUGGAGCAUAAGAAAAUUGCUGAGCAGAUUAACGAAGGCAGUCUUUCGUCGAUUCCUAGAGUUGCAUCGCAAGAAAGCAUGGAUACUCACAGCGAGAAUGAUUCUGCCGUAACUGCAAAAUUCACACACGUCCUUCAAAAAGACGCUUUCCUGGUGUUCCGCGCCUUGUGCAAGCUCUCUAUGAAGCCGCUUCCCGAAGGCACUCCCGACCCUAAAUCCCACGAGCUUCGUUCGAAAAUUCUCUCCCUUCAACUUCUCUUAUCGAUACUUCAAAAUGCCGGUCCCGUAUUUCGUUCCAAUGAAAUGUUUAUAACGGCCAUUAAGCAGUACCUUUGUGUUGCCCUCUCGAAAAAUGGUGUUAGCUCCAUUCCCAAAGUGUUUGAAUUGUCAUUGGCCAUUUUCUUAGCGUUACUUUCCAAUUUUAAAAUGCAUCUCAAGAUGCAAAUCGAAGUUUUCUUCAAGGAGAUUUUUCUCAAUAUUUUAGAGACGACAAAUUCGUCGUUUGAACACAAAUGGAUGGUGAUUCAAGCCCUGACAAGGAUCUGUGGAGAUGCACAAUGUGUUGUGGAUAUCUACGUCAACUAUGAUUGUGAUUUGGCCGCGGCCAACUUAUUCGAACGUCUAGUCAACGAUUUGUUUAAAGUAGCUCAAGGAAGACAUUCAGUCGAGCUGGGGGCUUCACCUAAUCAAGAGCGUGCAAUGAAAAUGUUGGGCUUGGAAUGUCUUGUUUCCAUUUUAAAAUGUAUGGUGGAAUGGAGUAAGGAUUUAUAUGUCAAUCCCAAUCUUCAGUCAACAGUGGGAGAACAACCGGUGAAUGGGAGCGAUAACGCUUCCCUAAAGUCACAUGGGGGCUCUACCACAAGUCUGCAUUCGAGCGACUGCUCCAGCGGUGGUGGCAACAAAGAAACUUUAGACUCACCUGAACAACUUGAAGUUCUAAAACAACAAAAAGAAGUUUGGGAGACCGGCAUCGAUAUGUUUAAUCGUAAGCCACGAAAAGGGGUCGCCUUCUUGCAAGAACACGGACUUUUAGGAACGACACACGAAGAAGUUGCAAAGUUUUUACACAACGAAGAUCGAUUAGAUAAGACUUUUAUUGGCGAUUUUAUGGGUGAUAACGAUGAUUUUUGCAAGGAAGUUAUGUAUACUUAUGUCGAUCAAAUGGACUUUACUAAUAUGGAGUUUGUGGCGGCUUUGCGUUAUUUUCUUGAAGGUUUUCGGUUACCCGGUGAAGCUCAAAAAAUCGAUCGAUUGAUGGAAAAAUUUGCAAGUCGAUAUUGUGAAUGUAAUCCGAAUAAUGGACUUUUUGCAAGUGCUGACACGGCUUACGUUUUGGGCUUCUCUAUUAUAAUGCUCACAACGGACUUACAUUCACCUCAAGUGAAAAAUAAGAUGAGCAAAGAGGAGUAUAUUAAGAUAAAUCGGGGAAAUACCGAUAGUAAAGAUGUUCCAGAAGAGUAUCUUUCCCAGAUUUAUGACGAAAUCGCUGGUCAUGAAAUCAAAAUGAAAAAUACGGUAAAUAAGCCGGGAAAGCAACAAAUCAAUAGUGAAAAAAGACGUAAAAUUUUAUUUAAUAUGGAAAUGGAGGCUAUAGCAACAGCUGCAAAAAACCUAAUGGAGUCCGUUUCACAUGUCCAAGCCCCUUUCACACUAGCCAAACAUUUAGAUCAUGUGAGACCAAUGUUUAAGACUUCAUGGACUUCUUUUCUUGCUGCAUUCAGCGUUGGUUUGCAAGACUGCGAUGAUCAAGAAGUCGCUACAUUGUGUCUUGAUGGUAUUCGAUGCGCAAUUAGAGUCGCCUGUAUUUUUCAUAUGUCUCUAGAAAGGGACGCUUAUGUUCAGGCUUUAGCCCGGUUUACCCUCCUUACCACUAAUUCACCCAUCAUGGAUAUGAAAGCCAAAAACAUUGAUACUAUUAAAACACUCAUCAUGGUAGCGCACACCGAUGGCAAUUAUCUUGGCUCGAGUUGGCUUGAUAUCCUCAAAUGUAUCUCUCAGCUCGAGUUGGCACAACUUAUCGGUACCGGAGUGCGUCCGGAGUUUCUCUCUGGUCCGGGUCACAAGCCCCCGGAUUUGACCUCGAAGGAGCAUAUAGGACAAACGAGUUCGCAAAGUGUGGUAGUGGCAGUUGACCGGAUUUUCACAGGAUCGACGAGGUUAGAUGGCGAUGCUAUUGUGGAUUUUGUAAAGGCGUUGUGUCAAGUGUCAUUGGAAGAGUUGGCGCAUCCGGGACAUCCCCGUAUGUUUUCAUUGCAGAAAAUCGUUGAGAUUUCUUAUUAUAAUAUGGGGAGGAUCAGAUUGCAAUGGUCACGAAUUUGGCAAGUAUUGGGAGAACAUUUUAAUACAGUGGGGUGUAACACGAACGAGGAAAUUUGUUUCUUUGCGGUCGAUAGUCUGAGACAGCUGUCGAUGAAGUUUAUUGAAAAGGGAGAGUUUCCGAAUUUUAGAUUUCAGAAGGAUUUUUUGAGACCAUUUGAGCAUAUUAUGAAGAAGAAUGUGUCGCCGACGAUAAGAGAUAUGGUGGUCCGUUGCGUGGCCCAGAUGGUCAACUCACAGGCCAGUAACAUAAAAUCCGGUUGGAAGAACAUUUUCUCGGUAUUCCAUUUGGCCGCCAGCGACCAGGAGGAAUCCAUUGUUGAGCUUGCUUUUCAAACAACGGGCAAAAUCAUCACCGAACUCUACGACAAGCAAUUCGCCUCAAUGAUUGAUUCGUUUCAAGACGCUGUCAAGUGCCUCUCCGAAUUUGCAUGUAACGCCCGUUUCCUCGACACCUCCAUGGAAGCCAUUCGUCUUGUGCGUUCCUGUGCAAACAGUGUCAACUCCUGUGCUCACCUCUUUGCCGAACACGCUGGUAUGGAGAAUGACGUGACCGUUGCCGAAGAGGAUCGCAUUUGGGUGCGAGGCUGGUUUCCGCUACUCUUUUCCCUAUCUUGUGUGGUGAAUCGGUGCAAGUUGGAUGUGAGGACACGAGCCUUGACUGUACUAUUCGAAAUAAUAAAAACCUACGGUGAUACGUUUGCGAGUCAUUGGUGGAAGGACCUAUUCAAGAUUUUAUUCCGAAUUUUCGAUAAUAUGAAGCUACCGGAACAGCACACAGAGAAGGCGGAAUGGAUGACGACGACUUGUAAUCAUGCUUUGUAUGCAAUCGUGGAUGUUUUUACGCAGUAUUUUGAUGUUUUGGGGCCGCUAUUAUUGGAUGAGUUAUACUCGCAGUUGCAUUGGUGUGUGUUACAAGACAACGAACAAUUGGCUAAAUCGGGAACGAAUUGUUUGGAGAAUUUGGUCAAUUCAAAUGGACAGAAAUUUGAUGAGGUUACGUGGGACCGAACUUGUCGUUGUAUGUUGGACAUUUUCGAUUCGACUGUUCCUACGGCUCUCCUCACUUGGAAACCCGAAUGGAUGAAGACAACGGCCGUGAUUGAGCAAAAUGGUGAUGUUAAAGGAAUUCUUAAAAAACCGACGGUUUAUGACCGGACUAAUUCAGAUUCAGCUCUUUUUAACAAAUUGGCGAUUAAGAGUGCCGUCCAGUUGGAACUCAUUCAAACCAUCGACAAUAUUGUUUUUUAUCCAGCAACUUCGCGAAAAGAAGAUGCCGAAACUUGGGCUUUAGCCGCGGCCGAUAUGGCCGGAAACGGUUCGUUGACGGAAUGUCAAAGGGAGGAACAGGGGAUGUACAGAGUUUUGACCUCACCGCAUCUAUUACAAUUAACGGAUUGUCUUCUCCAGUCGCACAGAUUUGCUAAAGCUUUUAAUUUGGAUCAUGAACAGCGAAAUUUACUGUGGAAAGCGGGUUAUAGAGGUGGCGGGUCAUCAACCAAGCCGAAUUUGAUGAAACAGGAGACGCAUAGUUUGGCGUGCUCGUUGAGGAUUCUUUUUAAAAUGUACUGUGAUGAGAGUAGGAGACAACAUUGGUCAUUGAUUGAGACGAAAUUAAUUGGAGUGUGUCAGGAAGCUUUGGAUUAUUUUUUAAAGUUGCAAAGUGAGGCGCAUAGGGAGGAGUGGACGAUGCUCUUGUUGUUAGUGUUGACGAGGCUACUCAAAAUGCCUGAUGAUAGAUUCGCUGUGCAUGUGUCGAGAUAUUACUCCCUUCUAUGCGAAAUCGUUUGCUUCGAUCUCAAAGCCGAAUUGCGAUCCAUCCUUCGUCGAGUCUUUCUAAGGAUAGGUCCUGUAUUUCACAUCACAACGGUACAGUGAUCCGGACUCAAUUCACCUAUGAAUUUUUUAUCAUUGUUACAAAUUUAUUUAUUUAAAAAUCCUAAACUUUUAGUAACCAUCUUGUGUGUAUUUUUUAAAAAUCGUUCUUUAGCUUACUAGAAACACAUUUACGAAAAGUAAGCUUUUUCCGUAAUUAAGGCUUUCGUCGUAGAAAUGAUCAUUCCUUGCAUGAAGUGAUAGGAGCCAAUAAAAUACUACAAAGUAUAAGUUACGUGCCUUCAAUAAAAUUAUUUAUGUAUGAUAAUAAUUGUAAUUAGUCAUUCGGUAUGAGGUUAUGAUUAUGUGGAUGUACUACUACCAUCUGUUAUAAAUAGCAAAACUCGUGUAAAUAAUCAUAAAAUACUACUUUAUUUAGUCAUAUUCGCUAUUGUUAUAUAAUAAUAAAAAUAAAUAUAUCAUU